AUGUCCAGAAUCCAGCGAGCUCGGCCGUCGUCGAUCGUCCUUGCACACUCGAACCGUGACAUCGCGUCCAAUGACAUCGUUUCGUGGAACAACGACCAGGUUUUGCUCUGGCUGAAGAACAAGCAAUACACUAUCGAAUUGAUCGAUCUGUUCAAAACUCACAACAUCACCGGUAUGACUUUGCCUUUUUUGAACACGGAGGAACUCCGAGAAAUGGGGAUCAACCAGCUGAACGUCCGUCUCAAGCUGAUGGCGGAUAUCAGCGACCUGUUGAUGGAGAAGAACAUGAACCUGCUCAGAUUCAACACUGAUCCACUUGCUGCGGAACUGCAGACCCUGGUGAUCUCCACCAAUAUCGUUUCGACGAUCGCUAAUUCAGUCACGGAAGGGCUGCUGUCCUCUAAUGGAGGGUCCACCAGAAAGCUCACUGAUCAGUUUAAUAAACUGAAAGAGGACCUCCUUCCGGUGUUAAAGGAGAUCAAGGACAAAAAACCCCUUCCAACCCCAGAUAGGGUGUCCCCAAGCCAGAUUUCUCACCACCAGAACCAGCUUCAAUCCACUAUCGUUUCCCAGUCGAUCCCCGCGCAGGGCAUGCUGCGGAAACAGCACUCUGCUCCAAGCUCCUCAGGCUUGCGCAAGUCGUUAUCCUCUCCACCAAUAAUCUCGCCAAUUCUCCCGGAGCAGGCUCAGUUUGGCGGGUCCCAGACCAACGUCUCGACGCACUCUCCACGCUCGCCGUCGAAACAGUCGUCCACCCCAACAAUCCAGAGAAUGCACAAGCCAAACAGACUCUCUAGCUCCACCUCCAUGGGCACGAUCCCAACCAUGACCAGUGCCAACGCAUCCUCAGACCCGUUGAAGCAGUUGCGAGUAAAAACAGAAGAUUCAUGCUACAAGAUCCUGCAGGCUGCCAUGAAACGGCAUAACCUCCACUCGUCAGACUGGAAGAAAUACGCUCUGGUCAUCGUUUACGGUGGAGACCAAGAAAGAGUUCUUGGAUACGAUGAGAAGCCAGUCGUCGCAUACAGAGAAUUGCAGGAGCUAGGGCUGAACCCGUCGAUUAUGCUCCGUCAGGUUGAGGAGUCUGAUGAUCUGGACUCAAUGAACUACGAAACCCCGGGGGGAAGACUCUAG